GGGCCGGGCGAGGAGGGGGCUGGCCCGAGCCGCCCGCCGCGGCAGUCGUCUCCCGAGCGCGGCCCGCGCCGCCCGAGCCGCUCGGCUGGGAAGCCCUCGCCCUGCGCUGCCGGGCCGGCCCCUCCAGCGCCCGCAGGCAUGCAGCCUGGGAGCAGGCGGCGCGCCCCCGGCCGCUGCUGAGCCGGCCGGGACGGCGGGGACCUGCGCCUGCCGAGCCCCUUCCGCCCUGCCCGGGGGCCGACGAGCGGCGCCCCGGCAGCCCGUCUUCGCCCGCAGCCGUGCCAGCGCCCCCCACCCCCCGCGGGCCGCAGGGGCCCAUGCAGCCGCCAAGCCCCUGCCCUGGCAUCCUGAAGAACAGAUCACUCUCACAUGAACAUGGCCCUUUGGCAGCAGCUGAGAGCCUGGCUAAGCUACUACGUGGUGUUGCCCCCUCUGCAUCCAUCUUGUUUGGCCAAGGAAUGUGUGGGACCUCAACUUGACACCAGCCCCUCAUGCAAGUGUGUGCCCUAGAGAGCCACCACAGAGUCACAGCAAAUGGAGAGGCUGGUGGGAACAGGCCGAGCUGGAUGGAUGGGUAUGGGGAGAGGGGCCCCGCGCUCAGCCCUGGGAUUCUGGCCGACCCUCGCCGUCCUUUUCUGCAGCUUCCCCGCAGCCACCUCCCCGUGCAAGAUCCUCAAGUGCAACUCUGAGUUCUGGAGCGCCACUGCCGGCAGCCACUCCCUGGCCUCGGGCGACGCCCCCGAGUUCUGUGCAGCGCUGCGCACCUACGCCCUGUGCACCCGGCGCACCGCCCGCGCCUGCCGGGGCGACCUGGCCUACCACUCGGCCGCGCAUGGCAUAGAGGACCUCAUGAGCCAGCACAACUGCACCAAGGAUGGCCCCACGUCGCAGCCGCGCCUGCGCACACCCCCACCGCCCGGGGACAGCCAGGAGCGCUCCGACAGCCCCGAGGUCUGCCACUAUGAGAAGAGCUUCCACAGGCACUCGGCCGCCCCCAACUACACGCACUGCGGCCUCUUUGGGGACCCGCACCUCAGGACUUUCACAGACCGCUUCCAGACCUGCAAGGUGCAGGGCGCAUGGCCACUCAUCGACAACAAUUACCUGAACGUGCAGGUCACCAACACACCUGUGCUGCCCGGCUCACCUGCCACAGCCACCAGCAAGCUCACCAUCAUCUUUAAGAACUUCCAGGAGUGCGUAGACCAGAAGGUGUACCAGGCCGAGAUGGACGAGCUCCCGGCCGCCUUCGCCGACGGCUCCAAGAACGGCGGGGACAAGCACGGGGCCAACAGCCUCAAGAUCACCGAGAAGGUGUCAGGCCAGCACGUGGAGAUCCAGGCCAAGUACAUCGGCACCACCAUUGUGGUUCGCCAAGUGGGCCGCUACCUGACUUUCGCGGUCCGCAUGCCCGAGGAGGUGGUCAACGCCGUGGAGGACCAGGACAGCCAGGGCCUCUACCUCUGCCUGCGGGGCUGCCCCCUCAACCAGCAGAUCGACUUCCAGGCCUUCCGCGCCAGCCCCCAGGGCCCCCGGUGGCCAGUGGCUGCCAGCCCCACGCCCGCAGCCCCGGACACCUUCCCCUACGAGACGGCCGCAGCCAAGUGCAAGGAGAAGCUGCCCGUGGAGGAUCUCUACUACCAGGCCUGCGUCUUCGACCUGCUCACCACGGGGGAUGUGAACUUCACCCUGGCCGCCUAUUACGCCCUGGAGGACGUCAAGAUGCUCCACUCCGACAAGGACAGACUACAUCUGUACGAGAGGACGCGGGAGCUCCCGGACCGGGCGGCGGCUGCAGGGCGCCCCCCGGCCUCCCGGCCCCUCGUCGGCAGCCUCUUGGUCUUCGCCCUGCUCCCUGUGUUCCUGGAAGCCCUGGCCGCAUAGGCUGGCGCUGUCCCCCAGCUGUGGGCGACCGUGGAAGGGCUGGUGGCCCCGGGUGGCCCUGCACCUCGGCGGGGACCAGGAGCAGAGGCAGCCACUGGCCAGCGGGCCAUGGGACAGGUGCCCAGGAAGGACAGGUGCCGAGGAGCCACCUCGGGCUGUCUGCUGGCAGGGGCGGGGCUGCCAGGGGGCCCCCACCCUCCCGGGCCUGAAGCGGUUGUGGUGACGGGAGCUGUGACAUCUGUGACUGCAGAGCUACGUGCAAGGGUGCCGCUCCCCUCACCCACCCCGCAGUGUGAAUGUGCACAAAACAGAGCCCCUCAGGCUGGAGCCCCAUCCAGACACACUGGGAACGGGCCAAGGCCAGCCCCUCCCGCCCCUGCACUGCACUGGUCAGGCCCGCCGACUGCUGCCCGGGGGCCACCUGCGCCCGCCGCACGCGCACACACUCUUACACGAGCACACUCACACACUAAGCCACCGGGGCCGAGGCACCUGUGAGGCAGGACCCCCCGGCAGGGCCUCCUGGCGCCAUGGGCCUUAGGACCCCCCUGGGGUGCUGCUCAGCAUCCUUAACCAAUCGAUGUAACACUUCGGCCAAAAGAUUGUGCCUGCCUGGUGCCUUCCUGCCCUUGGGCUCCCUGUGGGCUGAAGGAGACCACCACGGGCAGCCUGGCCACUGCGGCCCAGCUCAACCCCGGUUACCAGGCUUCUGCCCAAGAGCCCUGAAGUCCAGGGGGCAUGUGUGCUGGCACGUGCUCUGAGCAACACCACUUGUGGGCUUGGAGGCCCUCCUCUGGCCCCACACUGUCCCCCAUUCCCCACUGUGCUUAGCAAGUCCAGCCCUUGUUUCUAAAUGUCUGAACAGAGAACUGCCGCUGGUCUCUGUUCCUUCCUCCAGCAGAGAGCAAGAACCCCGGGCUGCGGAGGGGGGCAGGAGCCCGCGGGAUAGGGCCAGCUGGCCUGGUCUCAUCCUCUGCCCUCUCCUCACCUGUUGCCCCAAGCCCCCCUCCUCACGCUGGCCACUGGGGCUGCAUUCUGGGGCGGGGCGGGGCCCAGCAGGCCCCUCAGCCCUGAGCGUUCCUGGAGGGCCUCCCCACUCCGGGCCCCUCCCUUAGGCCCUGGCCACACAGUCAGGAGAGGUUUAGCUCCUGCCUCCUGUCAGCCCAGCUGCCCAGCCAAGGAGAGCUGCACCCACCCGCCUCUGCUGCUGAUCCAGAGAACCCUAGGGACACAUGGGACGGGGCUCUGCCCCCAGAGGUGCAGCUGGGCCCCGAGGGUCAGCCUCCCUCAGCACCCCAUGGUCCCGCCUGCCCCCGGCCUCCAAGGCAGCCCCUCUGCUGUUCCCCGGGGACCUCUCAUACACUGGCCCGGGAGGCUCCCUGCCUCCCCCUCCAAGAGGUCUCCCUCUCUGCCAAACCGCGGGCAGGAGGCUGGGAGGGUCUCACCCGGCCCCUCCCUGCUGGUUUUUAGAUGGUCCCUAUGUUGGAAGUAAAAAGUGAAGCACUUUAUUUUGGUUGUUUGAUGGCGUUCUGCUUGGACGUGGGGACCCCUCACUGUGUCCUCGUGUCUGCGACCUGUGUGGAGCGUCACCGCGUGUACAUACUGUAAAUUAUUUAUUAAUGGCUAAAUUCAAGUAAAGUUUGGGGUUUUUUGUUUGUUACUUUCUCUCGGA